AUGUCUAUCAUAGCAUUGCCGCAUGAGUUGCUCACUCUCAUUGCGAAAGAGUUAUAUGCCAGAGAUCUGAAUGCCCUCCUGCAGAGUCAUUCCCUCCUCUACCGCUCUCUCAACGACUACCUCUACUCUUGGAAUGCGGAGCAGUACGGCCAUUCUGCUCUCUUAUGGGCAGCAAAGCAUGGCUCCGAAGUAACAGUUCGACGAUUCCUCAAUAUCCGGGUGGACGUGCGCUGGAGGUCGCGCUAUUGGUCCUGUACACGCCAUUGGCCACAAGGAAAGCACCUCCGAUACGCAAAACCUGAUGCGGAGUCUUCUUUUCAAGAACAUACUAUUUCAUAUGCGGCUGCAAGUGGCCACUCAGGGAUUGUGGUUAAACUCUUAGAUCAUGGUGCCGAUAUCAACUUCAAGGAUCUUCAAGGACGAAGCCCCCUUGCUUUAGCGGCCCUGGCCGGUCACUUCGAGACGGUCCGUAUACUUGUCACCCGCGGCGCAAAUCUGCUCUCCAUUGAUUCAAAGGGAUGCCGACCUAUUGGCCAUGCGGCCUUCAACGGACACCACGCAAUUGAGGACUAUCUACUUCAGCACUUAUGCCAGAAACGCCCCAGCAUGCAGUUGACCAUCAAAGCCGAAACACACUUCAUGCUUCUAUACGCUGCGCAAAGAGGAGAUGAGGAAAGAGUCAAGGUUCUCCUCUUUGAAAGGGGCGCCGAUAUCGACUCCCAGUUGCCUGUGGAAAGCUACACUCCAUUGUGUGCAGCAAUUGCGCACGCCCCCCUUAGCAUGAUAAAGCUUUUGCUGGACAAUGGAGCCACAUGGAAUGAAGACGAAAUCCACAUUUGUAUUCUGGACUCUGUUAUUCGUCUCAACAAGCCUGAUGAAUUUCGUUUGCUUUUAGAGGCCGGUGCAGAUAUCGAAAGUGAUCCCCGUCUUCUGAAGUUGUUAUAUACUGAGGCUACCGAGUGGCAGUGCCAGCCUAUAAUUGACAUGCUGGUUGGUAUGGGUGCCGACUCCAUUGAUGUUGCCGUGCGCCCAGGAAGAAAUCGACAGAAUCGCCUUACAUCAGGAGUCAAACAGAAUUCGCGGCCUUCUGAUAUAAAUGAUGCAUACGAAAUCACCAAGAAUCCCGAAUAG